AUGGAAGCCGAGACCCGGCUGCGCAUUGUCGGAGAGACUCAGCAAAGUCUCCAAAACAGACAACCGAUCAACUCGACUGCAUUUUGUGUCAAAAAGUCUCACCAUAUUCUCCAACGCGCAUCGCCCUUUCUUCUGCGAAACAAGCCCGUAGAUAUUCUGGAUCUAUGGCCUGGAUCCGGUCUUUUGUCUUCCAAAAUCAACGAUCUCCUCAAACCUCGUCGCCAUAUUCUCCUCGAUCCUGGCAAGAGCUCCUACCGGCGAUUCCUGAAACCUCUCGCGGCCAGCAAGCCCUGCUACACGCUGGAAUUUAUGGAUAUUUAUACCGAAGAAAAAUGGACAGAUGUGUUCAAAAAGUUCCUCCCCGAGCAACAGCAAGCCCCGACGGCGGCUGGAAGAGUGCCUAAAAAUGAUACGUUACUCGUUCUCGCCCAGCCCCCGGAGCCCACGUCGGCCAGCAAUCACUAUACCCCGGCACGAUGGUGGAGCCAAGUCAUGGAAAGCUGUCUGCACAAGGCUGGCCUCCACCAGUAUGGCAGUGUUCGGGUUUUGGCUGUCAUGCCCGAGGCCGAAGCGGCUAAGUGUCUGCCACGCACCAUGACCGAUCGCUCUCGGCCGUCCAUAUUGACGGAGACUGUGGCAUCGCAGACCCUUCCCCUUGCCAGUACAUACAUGGAGCCACGAUAUGAGCAUUUUAAAGGCUGGGAUUUAGCCACCCGAAUCAACGCACGAGUCGCCGAGAGAAGUGCAGAGCUUGGAAUCACCACACCCAAAAAACGAGACGCGCCGAUGAUGCGGCUGGCUCCUGAGCAGCCUACCGUCGGAAAGGGUUCAACAAAUUAUAAAUUGGACCUCCCUUAUCUACCGCGACCUCGAACCGAAUUUCACGACGAGCUGGAAGCACGGCUCGCCAGCGAAGACCCCAAGAUUGCUAGAAGCGCCCGCGCAGCCAUCAGGAUGGAUAAUCGCAGACAACGCACCAUUGUCGCGCUAACAGACUUGCAGCUGGCCAUCGAUGCUAAAAUGAACGAGCUGGCCCGGCUAGCUGCUGAUCCUCACACUCUCACGACGGACCUGCGGGCCCGGGACCGGGAAAUCAAUGCCACCAUCAAGAAACUCCAGGCGGUGUCCUCCGAGUCACACUUUCGCUCGCUGGGGAACUACGCCCGAUAUGUCGAUGAGUCCCGGACUGCCAGCCUUGGUAACCGGAGCCUGGAUGAAUCUCCAUUGCUAUGGGACCGGCGACCGUUUGACCCUCUGCGCGUGGAUGCGGAGGCAGAAAUCUACCCGCACAAGCCCAUGGCCGUCUUGUACUUUGAAGCGGACGAAACCCCGGCCUACCAGCAUAAGCUUGAACAGGUCCCUCUUGAGCGACGGGAAGGAGUGAUUGAGAUCUUUGACGCCCUGACGCGCAUUUUCACGACUCAGAACCUCAUGUCCAUCGCCGAUCUCUUGCAUGCCAUUAUGCCAUCGCGGACCAUUGAGGAUAUCCUCCGAGACGAUAUCCCGAGUCUGAUCCCGUACGCCGAUAAAAGCGUCAAGCAAAAGUGCCCGGUGGGCUGGGAGCACCACGCACGCGAUCCCAUGAGCUCGGUUCUGGGGCGACUGGACUAUGACCUGUCGAGCUGGCGCGUCCGCUGCCUCCCCGUGGAUAUUCUCUGGGACAUUGUCCUUGCGUACCAAAAGAAUUCGCUGGACCUGUCGGUGCUGCAAUUCAGCCGGCUGAUCGGGGCGACGGUCACGAGCUACCGGGCUGGAGACUAUGGCGGCAAGGCGUUCAAGCUCCGGUAA